CUCACGAUCAAUUUAUCGCAUCUCAAACCACAAACUUCACCUCAACUACCACUUCAUCUACUACACACAACCUCAUCCAAAAUGUCCGAACAGACUUUCCACACCACCAUCCAGGACAUCCGCAAGCCUGAGUCCCAUGCCUCCCAUGCUCAUGAUGGCAAGACCCCCAAGAACUCUAACGUUUCCGCCAUGAAGUCCAUCAUCGAUGAAAACACCGACAAGCAGGCCCAGAUCGAUAAGGCCCAGUCCAACCUGCCAUUGCCCGAGGAUCCCCCUCGUGCUAGCGACUGGAACUCUAUGGACCAGAGAACCGUCAACGUCGGUUCGGGUGGUCGCGAAGGACCCGUUUCGGGCGAGAACAACAGCGCCUUGAGAGAACCCGCAACUGCAAGCAGCAGUGUCCGGGUAUCUGGAGAGGAAUACCACAAGAACACGCAACCCAUGAGUGGCGUUGGACGCCAGGGCAAGGAUAACCUUGAAGGUCUGCCCCGGGAUGCUCUUUACCGGUAAAAUGGAUAUUAUGAGUUAAUGUUGGG